AUGGAAAGGUUUGAGAUGGAGUGGCAGACCAAAAACAAUGAUAUUGAUUGCAGGUUAUUUCUCAUGAGACACAUGGAAGUAUAUCGUGGUGGUGGAGUGGAGAAGAUUGAUGCUGAUAUAUUGCAUGAGUGUACCAGUCAAAAGAUGCAAUUAGUGGACAUGAGGAAGAAAUAUGUUGGUAAGAUUUUGUUGUCAAAUUUAAAUUUGUGCAAACCUUCUUUUGUUACUACUUUAGAGGAUUAUGAUAAACUGGCAACCUACAAGAGGAAGAAGAUUUAUAUUGAAGCUCAUUUGCAUGAAGUUGAAGUGAUGGUUCAAUCAACAAGUGUUCUUUGA